UUUCAUUCCUUGUGGAAUACCAUCCGAAGGCGUUUACGGAUAUCUGCGUUUGGAAUAAAUGAAUACCCUAGAAGCGAGGGCAAAUCAACUAUACCGUAACUUAGGCAUAGAAGAGGCAUCAAGGUACAGAAUGGCGACUCAAAAUGGCAGCUCGGGGCUCCAGGUUGGAAAGAAAAUACCUCCACCAGUCUCGCCAAAGCCAAAGCGUAUGACAGCAACAAAGCUGGUUCACCACAAGAACGAUCAACCACCAAAACCUGCAUCCAAUGAUAGAUCAACUGAAGAUGAGCUAGAUGCGCUUACUGAUCUCCUUGUAAAGAAUCUAGAGUACAGUUCCGAUCCAGAUUUCUUCGGAAUCUGUUCCAAAUGUGGCCAAAAGGUGUCUGGCGAAGGAACUGGUUGUACUGCAAUGGACAAACUCUUUCACAUUAAGUGCUUUGUCUGUCAUAAAUGUGGUUGUCAGUUAACAGGCAAGGUGUUCUAUAAAGUUGAGGAUAAGGCAUACUGUGAAGAAGACUAUGUGAAUUCCCUGGAAACCUGUUGGUACUGCAACAAGAACAUAACUGAUCGAAUACUGCGUGCUACUGGAAAGUGUUUUCAUCCCCAUUGCUUUAACUGUGAGGAAUGUGGCAAGAAUUUGGAUGGUGUGCCGUUCACCUUGGAUAACUUCAACAAGGUUCAUUGUUUGGAGGAUUACUAUAGGAAAUAUUCACCUAGAUGUGCUCUGUGCCAUCAGCUCAUUCUUCCUGAAGAUGGCCAAGAUGAAACUGUGCGCAUUGUUUCCAUGAACAAAGACUUCCAUGUCAAAUGCUACAAGUGUGAGGACUGUAAACGCCAGUUGUCGUCAGAAAAAGGAGGCGAUGGCUGCUACCCUUUGGAUGGUCAUCUUUACUGCAAGGACUGYAAUGCUAAACACAUACAAAAAUUGACAGCAGAUUUAGACAAACCUCCACGACCACUGACAACUGAGCUCUGAAAACCCAAAGGCUGCAUGUGGUAUUCCUGUGCUUAUGGAAGAAAGAGGGAGACUGAGUAAUGUUUUUUAUACCCUCUCGAUGACAGACGACCUUUUUCUUACAUUUGCAAUCAUGAUUUAUAUUUUUCCAUCCAAAGGCAUAACAAAUUCUAUGGAAUUUGCCUUUUUUUUGUUUCCAUAGUACAUUUUGGCUGAGCACAUGAUACAAAAUUGAGAAAGAAUUGUUAAACACGUACAGGUAACCCACAAACAGCAAAGACAAGACCAGACAUGCAUGCAAAACAGGGAUCAGAAUAUAUAUUGUAUACUAAUCAUUUAUAAUACAUCUAUGUAUAAAAUACUCGUUUCUGAUUGGCUAAUUGUUGGAUAUGAAUUUUUCUUGAAAACUUUAUACCUUGGGUAUUGGUUUCAAAUGAAAAGAUGGAGCAUAUUUUUAAUUCAGAAACUCRUAUUUUAUGUAGAUUUAUUAUUAAAAGGAAAUACCAUGUUAGUUCUCAAAGAAGUAAUGGAAAACGCCAUGCACAUAUUUUUAUAAAAGUGGCUAGCUGUGGUACUGUGCUAUUUCAAAAGUCAAUCAUCUUUCAUUGUGCAUGUUAUCUUUUCAUUGGUUCUUAAUUAAAAAUAAUUUACCUUUUAAGUUUUAAAAAUAUGAAAAUCAUUGAAUAGAAAAUAGGUCACUAUAGUGAGAGGUUUUUGCUGACUCAGCACUUUUAAGCAACUGAAUUAUCUAGGUUUUUACAAAUGUCCAAACGUAAGUCCAAAAGGUGGUUUUAUUUGGUUUUGUACUAUUUUUACAAAACACUGGUCAAGUUUUAUGGUAAUGAUAAUAUAUUAACUUCUGUGUUUUCUUUGGAAAUUAAACAACAUAUUUUACUAACAAAUACAAWUUUUACAAAUUUCGUAAAGAAAAUUUCUCAUAGUUGAAAGAUCUAAUGAUAAUUGGUGUGUAGAAAAAAUCUAUUUUAAACUAAUAAAAAUAUACUUAGGCGAUGGAA